ACCCAGGCAGCCAGCAGGGCUUCACCGAAGGCGUUCGGUGCUGCAGCACUGCGGGGGGUGGGGGGUGGUGGGGUGAGGGUGGGCAGGGGGGCUGAGCCAUGUCUGUGGACUCGCAACGUCUCAUCAGGUCACCCAGCACAGAGACUUUCUACUGCACCACAAAGGCUAAUCUUCAGUCUGGGGUCCGGCGGGCCGCCCCUGGCACCAAGCUCCUGGCUCGUGGGGCUCCCAGGCAGGCCGUGACGCAGCACAGCAGCCAACUGUGCCCAGCUUCCUGUUUUCAUAAAGCUCGCAGCCUGAGCGACAUUCGUGAGUGUGUGAGGAAGUUCCGUGGCAAAAUGGUGGAAUUUAAAAAGCAGCCCCAGUUCCGCCUGCGGGUCGGGGGCCUGGAGGGCUCCUUCUACGAAGGGCAGGAGGAGCUGAAGGAGUACUGUGAGGUGCUCUACCUGCCACAGCCCACCAAGAUGGAGGUGGUGGGCACGGUGGAUGAUGUGCCCUGUCUAGCCACGGGGCAGCAGCUUGUCAUCCUCAUUGCUGAGAGUUUGGAGGUGUAUGCUUACGAGGAGGAGACGCUACACAAAGUUGCCAAGAAUAUGCAAGAAUUCACAAACAUAGGGCUGCAGCACCUGGGGAAAGAAGUCUACCACUGCGGAGCGAACGUAGACUCACUGGGUGAGGCGGAGCGAGACAAAGACCCAGCAAUCCAGCAGCUGAGGCAGAGUGCUCAGCACUUCCUUGAGGGAGGGAAGGAGGACUUCCAACUUCUCCUGGACUUGCUGUAGAACAAAGCCGUUGUUGCUUGUUGAAUCUGUGUGUGUGUGACAAGGGAUUGGCUGGGGUGGAACUGAGCUGUGUCCCCAAGUAUUUAAUCUGCCUUACCUUUAAACAAUUUCAGGGGCGGUGACUCCAGCCCCUCCCUGGGCAGCCUGUGCCAACAGGUCAUUUCUGAGAAAUUCUUCCUCAUAUCCAGCUUGGAAUCACUUCAUACCAUCACCUCUCGUCCUAUUGCUUUUGUGUGGAAGCAGAAAACAACUCCCACUUCGCCACAAACUCCUUUCACAGAGCUGAGGAGACUGAUAAAAUCUCACCUGAGCCUCCACCAGAUUAAAUCUCAAUGGAUUUGCCCUUAAAAUUGCACUUUUAAAGGUUAAUCAUUGUGUAAGCCUGUGUCCUGAAGUGAGAUUUUUCUUGCACAAACACAAAGCUUGUUUUAAUCAAAGAUUAAAGAUUUUAAAUAUA